UGCAGAGAAAUACUUUAGGCCGGGCUUCCCACUUCUACACUUGGAUAAGCCUCACCGUGAAAACCCCUACACAUUGAGAUUAAAUUAUCAUUCAUUCAAGAUUUCAAUCACAUUGUCAUAACAUUAUUCAUUUAAGAUUAAUCGAUUUUCAUUUUAAACCAAACAAACAACAAUGUCGUAUGUUGCUUCUUCUCCUAAUUUUCAAAAACUCCAAAACCCUAAAUUCAUUCGCUUCUUCUCCUCUUCACCUAAAAGCCUAUACUCUCAAUUCCACAACCAAAAUAAAGACGAACAAAAUCUCGUUUGCUUAUUCAAUCAAUUGCUCCUUCAGAACAAUCCAUCCAUCUUCCGAUUUAACAAAAUUUUAGGUUCCUUUGUUAAGCUAAAUCAAUACUCCACUGUUGUUUCACUUCAUCGAGAGAUGGAAUUAAAUGGAAUUUCCUCAGAUUUAGUCACUUCCAACAUAUUGAUCAAUUGUUUUUCACAAUUAGGUCAAAUCUCUCUUUCCUUUUCUGUAUUUGCCAACAUUCUCAAAAAGGGUUUUCAUCCAAAUGUCAUAACCUUUAAUACACUCAUCAAGGGUCUCUGUCUCAAAGGUCAGAUCCAUAAAGCAUUCAACUUUCAUGAUAAGGUCGUAGCGCAGGGAUUCCGGUUAGAUCAAGUUAGUUAUGGGACCUUGAUCAAUGGGUUAUGUAAACUUGGACAAACAAGAACAGCCCUACAACUGCUGAGACGAGUUGAUGAGAAACUGCUUCAACCUACUGUGGUAAUGUACAGUGCAAUUAUUGAUAGUAUGUGCAAGGAUAAACUUGUUAAUCAUGCUUUUGAUUUAUACUCUGAAAUGAUUGCUAAGAAACUUUCUCCUGAUGUAGUCACUUACAGUACUUUAAUUAAUGGCUUUUGCAUCGUAGGUCGGUUAAAAGAAGCAAUUCAUCUGUUUAAUAAAAUGAUAUCGGAAAACAUCAACCAUAAUAUUUAUACCUUUAAUACGUUGGUUGAUGCAUUUUGUAAGGAAGGAAAAGUGAAAGAAGCUAAAAAUGUGUUUGCUAUCAUGAUCAGAAAAGGUGUUAAACCUGAUAUUGUUACUUAUAACUCUUUAAUGGAUGGAUAUUGCUUAGUUAAAGAAAUUAACAAGGCCAAUGGUAUAUUCAACACUAUGGCUCAGAUGGGAGUGGUUCCUGAUGUUCAAUGCUACAAUAUCAUGAUUAAUGGAUUUUGUAAGAUUAAAAUGGUAGAUGAAGCCAUGAAUCUCUUCAAUGAAAUGCUUUGUAGAAAAAUUAUUCCUGAUACGAUAACUUACAGUUCCCUUAUUGAUGGUUUGUGCAAAUCGGGAAGAAUCUCAUAUGCUUCAGAGCUUGUCGAUGAGAUGUAUGAUAGAGGUCAACCACCUAAUAUAAUUACUUAUUGUUCUAUAUUAGAUGCUUUAUGCAAAAAUCACCAUGUUGACAAGGCAAUUGCUUUAUUAACAAAAAUUAAAGAUAUGGGUAUUCAACCAAACAUGUGCACAUAUAAUAUUCUUAUUGAUGGAUUGUGUAAAGGUGGAAGAUUGAAUGACGCUCAAAAGGUUUUUGAGGAUCUUCUGGUCAAAGGCUACAAUCUUGAUGUCUAUACAUAUACUGCUAUGAUCCAUGGGUUUUGUAACGAUGGGUUGCUUGAUGAAGCAUUGGCCAUACUAUCAAAAAUGAAAGACAAUAGUUGCAUUCCAAAUGCCGCAACGUAUGAAAUUAUUAUCCGUUCUCUAUUUGAUAAAGAUGAAAAUGAUAAGGCAGAGAAACUUCUUCGUGAAAUGAUUUCAAGAGGUCUGUUGUAAGACUAAAACUAGGUAUUAUGAUAUUUAUGUUUCAACAUUGUUUCAUCAUUUCAUUUAUGUAGUUGCUUCACUCAAUGGAAAUAAGGCUUUUGUCAUUUCUUUUGGAUAAGUGUGUUUAGGGAAAUUGGUAGGACUUGGAAAAUUAUUGAUGUCAUAAGAGUGUUGUUGGGUUCAGUUUGUACUAAUUGUAUUACACUUGCUCUAGCUGAAAUUCCUGGCAUGCAGUGGACAAAUGCUUUGACAGAUGCUACACCAGUUGUCUAUAUAAAUCAAACAGCAGACAAGCAAAAUAAUAAACUGCAGAAUAAUAAAGAACACAGUAGGUUUGUUAAC